AUGGCAUCUUUCAUAGCCCUGUAUCGGGGCUUCGGUUUGCGUCUCUACGCGGCGAACAAACAAUUUUCGCCGGACCGAUCACUUGUCGGAGAUGGUAUGCAACAUGGGGUCGUCGAAUUCCGAGGAGUCGACAAAAGUGACCACAAAGCUCCAGAGAAAGAACCAUACAUACAGCGGGAAGUCGAACUUCCAGCUCCAGAGCUCCUCUCAUACAAGUUGGAAUGUUGGGAUGCUCAAGGGCCUAUACCACCUACCAACGAUUUCCUUUCUCUGAAACGCUUUAUUGUCUCUAACUAUAACCUCAGUCACCACUUCUACGGUGAUGGCGUUCUUUUCACCAUGCUAUGCACCAGCACGGCGUUGCACCCGUUCCACCUGCCAGACUGUAUCCUCUACGAGGAUUGCAUCCUCCUCGAUUCCAUCAAGUUCCCCGACCUUUGCCUUGUUCACCUGUGCACCAUCUCCCUGAGCGACUUCGCUUCCACCCUGUCCCGUAUCACCUUCUCUCACUCAAUUGGCACCACGCACAUACGGCUGGGCGCGAACGAUCCGCGGCCGGGAACAAAGAAAACAAGUCCCGGUAUCGCCAGCCACCCACAUGACAGGGGGCUUGUGUAUGAGCCGCGUACUAUAUCGCUGCAACUCUUGCGCCCUUUCCUUGACGAGACACACCGCCUGCCCACGGACAGGGAGACCGCGUGUUCCCGAGCACGGACGCGCGGUCGUAUGUGUCCCUCGCACCGUGAUGGAGGGCCUCCCACGCGAAGAGACGUGGACAUUGAUCGGCGCCCUGCCACGGGCGGCGGCGGAGGUUGCGAAGCUCCUCGACGAAGGGACGAAGGGGGACCGUCGGAGGGGACUAUGCGCGGCGUUGACGGUGGGUGGGGGCGAGGCGGUUGGUUCCCGGAGCUCAAGACGCUGGCCGUCAGUAUCUUUCGAACAGGAGGUGCCGCGUCAGUCGCAGAGGUGCUGGAUUCCCAGAAGGAUGAGGGGCGCCCCGUUCGCCGAGUGAUGGUGUUUGUGGAAAGUAAGCUGGGGUGGUCGACGAAGUGA